AUGUGGAACCACUUUGUCCAACGUCCAUUGCACAAGCGCAAAGGCGGCCAGGUACGUUUCUCAAAUGAUCAAACAGUGGAAUUGGAAAAGAAAUUUGAAACGCAAAAGUAUCUUUCUCCUCCAGAGAGAAAACGACUCGCGAAAUUGCUGCAUCUUACAGAGCGGCAGGUGAAAACGUGGUUUCAAAACAGAAGAGCCAAAUGGAGACGUUUGAAACAAAUGAGUUAUUAUGAUCAUGCAUUAUUUACAUUAUUCAUGUUAUCCUAUCUUCAUUGCUAUUUAAACCUUAUCUAUCUAUCUAUCUAUCUGUCUAUCUAUCUAUCACGGUCUGUUCUUUAUCUAUCUAUCUAUGUCAGUCUGUUCAUAUCUAUCUAUUUGUAUCUGUUAAUAUAUAUGUAUCUAUCUCUGUUGAUAUCUAUAUUCAUAUCUAAAUCUGUUCCUUAUCUAUCUGUUGAUAUCUAUCUAUCUAUCUAUCUAUCAUCUAUCUAUCUAUCUAUCUUGGUCUGUCCAUAUCUAUCUAUCUAUCUAUCUAUCUAUCUAUCUAUCUAUCUAUCUGUUGAUGUCUAUCUAUCUAUAGAAGUCUUUGUGCCACUGUUGUUGUUGGAAAGUCAGUUUCAAAAACCAUUGUUCGUGAUCUUUACUGGAUAUGCCUCCCCCUCACUAACUAAUAUCCUAAUCUUUAUUGUUCUUCUUUCUCACUAUCCAACCUUCUCUCUACCACCUAUUCCUUCUCUUUAUUUCUUUAUUCUCUCCUUUUUCGUUAUCCCCCUCUCUCUCAGCCAUCCCUUCCUUCUUUUCUUUCUCGUUAUAAUCUCCGUCUUUCCACCCUCUGUUCCUUUUCUUUCUUUCUUUCUUUCUUUCUUUCUUUCUUUCUUUCUUUCUUUCUUUCUUUUCUUUCUCGUUAUAAUCUCCGUCUUUCCACCCUCUGUUCCUUCUCUUUCUUUCUUUCUUCCUUUUCUUUUCUUUCUCGUUAUAAUCUCCGUCUUUCCACCCUCUGUUCCUUUUCUUUCUUUCUUUCUUUCUUUCUUUCUUUCUUUCUUUCUUUCUUUCUCGCAACCUAUCUCUCUCCGCCCUUUUUCUGCUUUUUUUUUCAUAUUCCUUUCCCUCUCUCUUCUCUUUCCUUCCUUCUCUUCUUUCUCGUCUUUAUCCCUUCUAUCUUUUUUGUCCUCCCUUCUUUUUCUGUACUUCUCUUCUUUUUUUUCUCUCUCCCUUUACCUUUCCUUCACUCUUCCUCUCUCCCUUUUUUUAUCGUUUUCAUUUUAA